AUGAAGCCUUCCUAUGAAAUCCCAAGCGCCUGUGCGGGCGAGUAUGGCUGGGGAGGCCUGGCUGGUCCUGCUUGGACGAUCGACCCCAGGUCCGAUCUCAUCAUCUUGUCCAUGACGCAGACGGCCUUUGUUCUGGAUCACGAGGAGUACGUGAGGUACGCUGCACGACGUGCUAUCCAUCAGUACAUUUAUGGAUCCGUUGCUGCCCCCUCAAAAGCGACUUCUUACGCGCCCGAGAGCUUUGAUGUGGUGAAGCCAAAAGGCCCGGAGGAGGAGGAUCAGGCUCAGCUCGACCGGGAGUUCGAGCAAGAGUUCCUGGUAAAUCGCAGGACGCGCGUGCGCGGCGCCAAGGAGCGCGCGAUCGCGCCGGGCCCGCGCUUGGAUCGGCAUCCCAGCGAAGAAGAGGUCGCCGUGUACCGGAAAGAGCUGGAGAAGCAGGGCAGCGACAGUCCAGGAGGGAAAGCGGACGAGGACACCGGGCCUGGGAAUCGAAUUGUGGGUGAGCAUUUAGAGUUUAGAGACUCACAGAGUUUGCCGAAAUUUCGGGAUGUGGAAUCCGAUGUCUUUGAAGGCUUGGGAGAGGCGAGGAUGUGCUUGCCCACACUCUCUAGCACUUUCAUAGCCUCCGUCGGCUCUUCAGCGCUUACUUUCGUCGGCCUUUUUGCACUCGGCCUUUCCGAGCUAGGGCUUCCUCUUCCUCGACCGACUUGGAUGACACUGACAUGCCGCUUUGCUGGCUGGAUGUUUCUUUUUGUCCUGCCUGUUUUGGGAGUCGCUGUACCCCCGCUUCGGAACUUCUUGCUUUGGGGCCUUGAGCCGAACAGCGCUGUCUCUCACAAGGGCGACAAAUGUCCGACGAGAAAUCCUUUGCCUUGGAUGCAGCAGAUGGCCUGGGUGACAAUCUACGCCACGCUGACAUGUCUUCCCAUCCACGAAGGGCACCCUUUUGGGUUUUUCCUGGUCUUCGCGUUGGGAAACAUCUUGUCGAUGCCAGCCGGGUUGAUUCUUGCGCGGCUCGUUGGGCCAGCUAUCUUGUCCCCCCAGUAUGUCCGGUCAGUUGGUCCGGUAUGCAUUUUCUUUCCAAUCGUCGGCUUUGGCAUCUUGGUGUCUGGCUACCUGGCGCUGAGACGCGCCUGUGGAGUCUGGGUCGGUGUUUUGAUGCCCUUGCUGCUGACAGUCUAUGAGUUUGUCGGCAUGCAGGUGGCGGCUCGGAACUUCGUAAAGUACUUCCUCACGAGGCAAGAAGUGCGAGAGCAGUACGCGGGCACAAACCAAGGCAUUCUGCUCUCCACAUCCAUUUGUACCUUUCACGCCCUGGCCGAAGGAGCGCGCUUAACUCUGCUCUACAUAGACCACUUGAAGCAUCAGAGCUUCGACAUCCUGUUGCCAAUAAUCAGUGCCGUUAUAUGGAAUGUCUUUGUGCGUUUGGGAUGCGUGGACCGCAUCAUCACGACCGUGACUCGUGGCUGGUUCAAACCCCACAACGCCUCGAAGCUCUUGAGAGAUGCGGGUUAUUGCAUGGGCUAUCCCCGUAUGGGAGCGAUUGCUGCCUUGCUGUUGGCACGCCUUUCUCUCGGUUCUCCGAUGAUCCUGACUGAUAUGGAGGGAUUUCUCUGGGCGUUCAUCAUCGGAGCAGAACUUGUGGAAGAUCUGCUCAGCUACGCUCUGUGGCGAGCAGGUGUGGACUUCUCGCCAGUGAAAAUGUUCGCCACAGAUGAGGAGGUGGAACAAAUGUCAGAGAAGAGGAUUGUAAGGAGGCUGAGCAAACUUAGUCAGCAGGGAUCUUCGGAUGCACUCGCCGUGGUUCCACAGCCGUCGAGGAAGUCCACUUGUUCAGCCCCAUCCGCAGCUUCGGCCGCGCAAGAAGUAGAAGUUCAGCGCCUUGCUACUGUUGAGUCUGUGAAGUGGGAAGUGCGCGAAAGGCAUGACUUCAAGUAUGGCCCGGUUGACUUCGGCUGUUUGCCCUUCUGGGCGCAUUUGCUUCCAGCAGCCCUGUCGCAGUUCCACACAGUGUUGGCCGUGACUGUUUUCUCAGGCGGCCUCGUGUACGCCUUGGGCUUAUGGAACUUCAAGGCCAGCAGAGCUGGCCCGGCGGAGCUAGGACUAGAGUUUUACUUCAACAGCCUGGUGGUCUGCUACGAGGCAAGGAAAUACCGGCGCCCUUCUUUGCUUGGAGUGCUGAUCCGGGAUGGCAAUCGGCCCAAGCGACGCAAGAGUGGCGGAGCUGCCACGCCCAGACCUGCCGAGAAAGAGAAGCAGCAGGUCAGCACCCCGACUGGGAAGAACACCACCGGGGACCUCGGGAAUGGCUCGCCCCAGGGUGAAGCAGAGAAAAUCCUCUACAAGCGUGUCCUGGUGGCAGGUGAUCAAGAUGAGAAUAAGAAGAAGGCGCGCGUGGUGAAGAUGAGCGGCGACGUUGCCGAGAUCGUCACGGAGGGGGACUACAGGUCGAUGGACGUGGACAUUGGCGAGCUGAAGGAGAUUGAGGAGACGCAGUUCGGGAUUCCUGUUCCAAGGAAGAUGGACCAGUCUGCCCCAACCGACUUUGCGUUCCUCAUGGAUCACGCCGUUCAGGAGACACCGAAAAAGAAAUGA